UCGUGCAAACUCGAGUUCCUUUAAUGACAGCCCCUGUAAUGUGUGCUGCCUUUUAAGUGAAGGAGUGACGGGCUUGUAAUUUGAGAGUCUGACCGGGGGUAUUAUUAUCUAAACCUAGCACAGAGUCUGAACGGUCCAGAUGUUGAAACGGACACAAGGAAGGACACGGCGAGGGUUAAUGUGGCUCACGCCUGUUGAUUUUGCCAAAAACACAGACAGGAAAGGGGAUAGGAAAGUUGCUAUCCCAAACUGCGGUCGUUUCUGUGUGAUUUAGCUGUUUCUUGUCGGGAUUGCUCGGCAUUUCACGCGCUGGACAUGCGUGGGGCUGGAGCAGGAGGGCUUGUGUAAAGUUUGAAGAGAAGAGCUGAAGGUAGGCUACUAUUGACUGUGAUAAGACAGAGGUGGGUAUGAUGGCUUCCCCUCUGUUCAUACUGAUAGCCUGUCUGGUCUCAUUGCGUCUCGGAGGAGCCUUCUUUUCGGGUCCCCUUCACCCGGAGAUGUCCAACGGCACUUUUCAUCAUUAUUUCGUACCAGACGGCUUCUAUGAAGAUAACGACGAUCCUGAGAAAUGUCAGAUGCUAUUCAAAAUGACUGACAAUCGCAAAUGCACCCUGGACGAAGACCAGGACUCAGUGAUCCGGGACGAUUUUACCAUCAUCAAGCGGCACAUCGAAGACGCGGCGCGUGUGCUCGAGGGCAUCGGGAAGAGCAUCUCCUUCGACCUGGACGGAGAGGACAGCUAUGGGAAAUACCUGAGACGGGAGACGACCCAGAUCAGCGAGGCGUUUUCCAACUCCGAGAAGUCUCUACUGGAGCUGGAGGUGAAAUUCAAACAGAGCCAGGAAAACGAGCUGAAAGAGGAGCACAAGAUCAGCGACGACUUCCUCAACAUGAUCGUGCACACGCGCGACGUGCUGAAGGAGACGCUGGACAUCUCGCUGGGACUGAGGGAUAAGCACGAGCUGUUGUCACUCAUCAUCCGGAGUCACGGGACCCGGUUGAGCCGCCUGAAGAACGACUAUAUGAAGGUGUAGAGGACUGUUUGUCUGCCUUCAGUAGGCUACGCAGGCAAAUCUCAGUGGCAAGGCGUUUUAACAUUCAUUUCUUAAAAUUAAUUAUACUGUAUGUUACUUGUACUUAUUUUUAGUAAAUGGCUAAUUUCAUCAACUGUUAUCUUUUCAGUUUGCCUAGAAACCAAAAGGUAGGCUGCUAGUAGCCUAUUAAAAACUCUCCUUAUAGUAACUAUCUAAAUAGUCCUGAUUUACUUCUACUGUACUGUUUUUAUUCACGGAAAAUACCUAUUGUUGGACAUUAGUAUCUAUCCCAGUUGUUACUAGCUUAUUUACAACCUCACUAGUUACAGAGCACACACUGGUCUAAUAAAUAGGUCCUAGUUGUAUUCAAUUAUUGACCUACUAUGAAACUAGAAUUAGAUUUCUAUAGUUACAAGAACAAAAGGAAUAGUUACUAUUAAAACUAAACUAGGUAUGCCAGCACAAAAUUGAACUCAUACAGUAUUAGUCAGAAGUGAAAAGUUGAUGUCUGAACCACAGAUACCUAUAGAAUUCACUGGAAAAAAUAGGAAAAUAUUCAGAAUAGUGUCUCGUCACUAUCACGAUAGUGAGUAGCAGAAAAGGGUUAUUAGAUGUAAAAUAUAUUACUUACUAGAAACUAAAAAUAAGUACUAGUAACAAAAAUAUACUGUUCGUUUUUAUGGAAUACAUUUUAUUUCUCUGUAGCUACUUGGUAAAAAAUGAUGCAGCUACUUUGUGCAAUAAAUGAAAGCCAGUAUUCACUUAAUAGCAGCAAUCAUACAUGAUGAACCGCCAUUAAAUGCUUUAAACUUGGCAAUAUUACUGCCAUUGAGUCUUUAAUGACAUUUGCAGCUUAUGGUAAUACGACUGGAAUCUCAGUCUAACCAAUAUGGAGGUUUUACCUCUAAGAGGAGACAUACAAAACUGAGUUAGAUUCAGUGUUAGGUGUUCAGUGUGCUCACUAUUUUCUCAGAUAAUGAUGUAGGCUGUGUUUGUGGAAACAUUUGCUCAUUUGCAUUGGCAUUACUUGAAUGUUUCAGAAAAUUCAUGUUGGUUAAACAGAAGGAAUAUAGUUUUCAUUGUACAAAUGUUAGCUGUCACAUUCAUAUUUACAUUAUUAUAAGAACAUGUAGGCCUACUUGGAAUAGUUUUUUUUUUAAACAUUCAGUUUGACAAUCCUCCAAAAGAUAUAUGGCAUGGACAUAUUAAAAACAUAAAUUUUGUUAUUAUUGCUUCCUAUGAUACAUUUGGAGGAACACAUUUGCUCUUCUUUGUACAUGUUAUGUUGUGUGUGCCCUAAGAAAUCUAUAUAUUUUAUAAUGAGCUUUUAAAAUAUUAAACUGUGAGUGUUUAUAUUUAUGAAAAAGCUUAACAGUAUUCAUUUUAUGAAACUGUGUGUGUUGCAUUAAGUAUUCUUGUAAUCCUCUGAGAAGUAAUGGGAAAAGUACCAUCUGGGAUGACAUAAACCAAGAUGACUGCGGGCAGGAAUAUUGGACUUAAAGCGUUCUACCAUGUGUAGUUCCAUUCCUGAGAUAUAUGUUGUGUAUAUUCCUUUUUGUAAUUAAAAAUCUUCAAGGUA